AUGGGAAGUGUAGAUCCUUCAAGACUAUCAUUGGUCUUGUUUGCGAGACUGUCCGGUUUAGUAGUCGCAGUUUCGGUUCUGUACUGGGCUCUCUUCCUGCCUAAUCUAGGACUCAGCUACUCUACUCUUCAUCCUCUGCUGAUGGUGAUUGGCUUCAUUCUUGUAAGUGGAGAAGCGAUUCUGAUACACAGAUGGUUGCCUGGUUCAAGGAAAACAAAGAAAGCUGUUCAUUUAUGGCUACAAGGAAUGGCAUUGGCCUCUGCAGUGUUUGGGAUUUGGACAAAGUUCCAUUACCAACGUGGAGUUUUCGCCAAUUUCUACAGUCUCCAUUCUUGGAUGGGUUUGCUCUCUGUUUCUCUCUUCGCUGCCCAGUGGGUGACUGGGUUCAUGAGCUUCUGGCAUAGAGGAGAAGUACGGACUACAAGAACCACGUUUCUUCCCUGGCAUGUAUUCCUCGGACUCUAUACCUAUGGUUUAGCCAUUGCCACAGCUGAGACCGGACUGCUUGAGAAACUGACGUUCCUUCAGACCAAGAGGAAUGUCCCCAGACGCGGUUCUGAAUCAAUGACUGUCAAUGGUUUAGGGCUUGGCUUGGCUCUACUCGGUUGCAUUGUUAUAACUGCUGCUAUUUUGCCAAAGUAUCAGAGCCAUUCUCGUGAUGAGAAACUCGUUUAUUCAUCUCAAGAUCGUCCUAAAUGUUUGUCUUCUUGAGUUUUUAAUUUUCAUUCUUUUUAGUUUGUAUUGGUUUGGGGACAAACUACACAUCUCUGGUGUACAAAAAGAACAAAUUAGUUCUUCGAAAAUGUAUUACCGCAUUGUGACGAUGAGACUUCUGUCCACAAACUUUGCUCCUCCAACUUUUCCUUGAAUCUGAGACGGUAAAUG